AUGACUGAACUUGGUCUUCCGACCGGCAAUCAAUUAGUUUUAAGCAAUAAAGUUAAUCUAGAUGAGUUAUUUCUCGGAAUAUUCGAAAAUUGUGUGUUAGAACCGGCGACUCCGUUCAAGUUAGCAAUUUACUGUUUGGCUCUAACUUUAGAUGGAAUAGAUCAAUUGCAUCAUGGUUUCACGGACAUACAAGCUAACAGAUUGAUGUGUCUGAUCGUUGGUAUAUUAGAAAAAGGGGACAGGCCAUUCAAAGAUGUUCGUAGGCUUGUACGGUUUAUGGACAAAACUAUAUGGAAUGGAAUACUGGAAUACUAUCUACAACAAAUCCAUAGCAUAAAAGAAGGAAACGACAUUCAUGUGAAUGGACGUUAUUUCUUCGGCAGAAGAGAUGUUACAAUUAGACUUUUCCAAAUUCGUACUGGCCUAUUCUUAUUUUUGCGCAAGCUUCAUUAUCAAUGGACUAAACUGAGCACUCUGCAAUGCUUUGAAGCAAACGAGAAGUUUAGAAAAUAUAUCCAAGAUGCGGAAGAAUUGGAAUGUAGUUUUAUGGAUGGAACUCUCUUAAGUUCAGUUCCUCUCGAGAUAGAGUCUGCUGCUCGCGCAAAAAAAUGGAUGGAUAGACAGAUUCAUCUUUUACAAGUCUGUCCAUCGUUAGCCAUGAAUCCCGAUCAAAUUUUUGCAUGGUGUGGUAUUGUAAAGCAUAGACAUAGAGAUAUUAAUGCGAAUCUACUAGAGAUGAUUAUGCAUAUAAACUUGAAAAAUUCGAUGGCCGCACAGGAAUCUCUCAGAAAGUUUGUAGAUUUCUCCAUGUUCCGUCCUAAUAUAUUUGAUUUACCAAAAAACGUAAAUAUCGAUGACAUGAAACGAAUUGGAGUUAUCAAUCAGAGACCACUGAGACACGGAACUCUUAUGUUGGCUCGUAUAUAUAGAAUGUUUGGAGAUUUGGUAAUGGCUCGUUCAUUGUUAACAGAAAGUGUGCAACAAGCACAAACUCAAAAUGAUUGGCCUUGCAUGCGCUUAGCGAUGCUUGAAUUGACGGCUAUUGAUAUUUUAUACAGUCUGGAGCAUCAUAAAAGUGAUAAAGAAAUGAGUGAUGAUCCUGAUCAUGUACCUCGGGUCACUCUAGAUUCGGCGUUGAGGAUACUCAUGAAGGAGUUCGCCUCCACAGAAUUAAGUUUUAAGGGCGCUGAUUUCACGCAACUCCAUGAGUUCCACGAAAAUGCCGUCAGCCUUGUUAACUUACUCUCAGUUAUUGUGGCCGCAAGAAAUGGAAACUUGGCCGAGAGCGCAACGGGAUCUUUAAAACAGCCCCUAUCUCAAGCAACCAGUGACGAUGAAAAAUCAAAGUCGCGUUUGAUCGUCGACGCAAGCACAGCUACACUUAGUAGUAUACGCCUUCAUCAAGGAUUCUGGAAAAGCGCAAGAGUUGCUGCUUUAUCACUCACUGAAGCUAAUGGUUCUGACGGGACCGCCCCGCAUCACGAGACAGAAGCUUAUGCCAUAGCUGGAGCCAAUAUUAUUUAUACCUACAUGGCCGAAGGAAAUUGGGAACUAGCUUCUAGUGCUCUCGUAGAUUUGGUUGCAAAGUUUCCUGUCAAGAUUAACUGGCAGGCUUCUCAUCAUGUUAGCAUUUGUAAAGCAAUUUUCGAAUUUGAUAAUGCUCUGAGAUUGGGCAAGUGGAAAGAUCUAGACAAUAAACUUACUGAAUUGAAAAGUGUAGCCCCAGAUGAGGCUGCAAUCAGACAAGCUCUAUUGUUAUCUCAACGUGGUGAGCUCCAAGAUGCUGAGUUUCUAUUGAAGAAAGAGUUGAAGAGUUCUCGUGGUAAACCAGUAGUUUUCAAAUACAGGUUACAACUGCAACUUUCAACAAUCCUAGCAGCUUUGGAUAAGCUUGAUGAUUCAUUAGAUCUGCUGCUCUCCAUUAUAGAACAGACAAAAUCGAAAUCACUCUAUUUAUUGACAUCUCUGGCCCAACGACGAUUAGCUACCUUCCAUGCUGAUCAUGGUCAUGCAGCGGAGGCGCUUAAAGGAUAUGCUAAAUGCGGAGAAACUGUGGCGAAUAUGGGUACUGCAUUGGAAAAAUGUUUUUAUCAUCUUGCUCGAUCGAGUGUUCAAGAGGAUGCUAACAUGGCUUUGUAUGAUUUAGCUGUCGCACGGAAAUAUUGUCAGGAAGCUGGAUUUCCUAUAAUCGAGAAGUCUGUUCUCAAAGAAGUGGCUUUACAUUUCAACAAGGUGGAUGAUACACAGAAGCGUGAUGAUAUCUGCGAGCAAUUCGUCUGUAUGGAUCAAGCACACCCUGGUCUCAUGAACUGGAAACUUUUCUAG